AUGCUUCUCUCCUUCCGCGCGGCCGUGCGCGCGCGCUCCCGGCCCCUCCCCCCGCCAGCUCCCGGACCGCGCGUGCAAGCUUCUUCCCCUCCCCCACACCCCUUGUUCGCUUCUUUCUUCUCUAGGCGAGGGGAAGGAAUCGAAUUCCGAAUUCGCGAUCGGAUCAGGUGCCCCGCCCCUCUCCUCAACAUUUUGCCCAGGGAGGGAGGUAGGAGUUGCCCCGGGGGCGGCCUGGAAAAGAUAAGGCAUGGAGUCCUCUGGUCGGAAAGAAAAACCCAAAGUGAAGGAGACUGUGAACCGAAUAGAGAAAGCCAGGCAGAGAUCAGCUCAGCAGGAACUGAAGCAGAGACAGAGGGCCGAGAUUUAUGCUCUCAACAGAGUAAUGACGGAGCUGGAGCAGCAGCAAUUUGAUGAGUUCUGUAAGCAGAUGCAGCCUCCAAGAGAAUGAGCUCUCCCCAUCAUUAAGACCAGGUGGGGCCCCUGAGGCUUGGGUCAUUACCUUUGUAACCAGUUCUUCCGAGGUGGCUCACUUUGGGCCAUACAAAUGUAAAGACAAAGAUUUAUGUACUUUUUAAAGUUGGAUAAAUCUGAAUUUGCUACUUUCUA